GACCAUUAAGAACAGCUAGAAAGCGCUCAAAAUGAACGAGAGCCUAUUAUCUUACCCCUAGAUCUCUAGUUGUUACUUGCCCAUAAUGGCUCAAGCAGACGUUGUUCUGCCUUCGCUAGAAACUGUUAGGGACAUUCUCUCGAAACCCACAGCAGGACCUAAGAAACCAAACCUAGUCCCCUUAUAUGGUCAAAUAUCUGCCGAUCUUAUCACACCGUCCGCGGCAUACUUAAAGGUUUCCGCCCAUUCAAAAUCAGAUUUCUCCUUCCUCUUCGAGAGUGCUGCCACAGAGCGGGUUGGUAGAUAUAGCUUUGUCGGUGCCGGACCGCGUAAGAUCUUGAAGACGGGAGAGGGCCAUGGAGAAUCGGUAGACCCGCUGCCUGCGCUCGAGGAGGAGUUGUCACAAAAUGUCGUCGCCGACGUACCAGAUCUCAGACUGCCACCACUUACUGGCGGUGCCGUUGGCUAUGUGGGCUACGACUGCGUACGGUAUUUCGAGCCCAAGACGGCCCGGCCGAUGAAAGACAUCCUCAAGACCCCAGAGUCUCUCUUCAUGCUAUUUGAUACCAUCGUAGCCUUCGACAGAUUCUUCGGCGUCAUAAAGGUCAUCACCUACCUCCGCAUCCCAGAGAACCUAGAUACCCUCGAGGACGAAUAUAAUAAAGCUACAGAAACCAUCCAGGAGCUAAUCGACGUCCUCAACUCCCCCGAGAUACCCGUUCCCGAACAGCAACCCAUCCAGCUCAACCAGGAGUACACGUCCAACAUCGGCCGCGCCGGCUACGAGGGCCACGUGGCGGAGCUGAAGAAGCACAUCGUGGCGGGCGACAUCAUCCAAGCCGUUCCCUCGCAGCGGUUCGCGCGGCCGACGUCGCUGCACCCGUUCAACAUCUACCGGCACCUGCGGACGGUCAACCCGUCGCCGUACCUCUUCUUCAUCAACUGCCAGGACUUCCAGAUCGUGGGGGCGUCGCCGGAGCUGCUGGUCAAGGAGGAGGAAGGGCGCAUCAUCACGCACCCGAUCGCGGGCACGGUGAAGCGCGGUCGCACGCCCGAGGAGGACGAGCGGCUCGCGAGCGAGCUAAGGAACUCGCUCAAGGACCGCGCCGAGCACGUCAUGCUCGUGGACCUCGCGCGCAACGACGUCAACCGCGUGUGCGACCCGCGCACGACGCGCGUCGACCGCCUCAUGGUCGUCGAGCGCUUCAGCCACGUCCAGCAUUUGGUCUCGCAGGUUUCGGGCGUGCUGCGCCCGGACCGCACGCGGUUCGACGCGUUCCGGUCCAUCUUCCCCGCCGGCACGGUGUCGGGCGCGCCCAAGGUGCGCGCCAUGGAGCUCAUCGCCGAGCUCGAGGCGGAGAAGCGCGGGGUGUACGCCGGCGCGGUCGGUUACUUCGGGUACGGCGGCGUGGGGGCGGACGGGGGGGAAAGGGAGGGCGCGAUGGAUACGUGUAUCGCGUUAAGGACGAUGGUGGUUAAGGACGGGGUGGCGUAUUUGCAGGCUGGGGGUGGGAUCGUAUUCGACUCGGACCCAUAUGAGGAGUGGAUGGAGACGAUAAACAAGUUGGGCGCGAAUAUGCAAUGUAUCACGUCGGCGGAAAAGUUAUACGCGAAGAGGCAGAAAUAGAGGCUCGUAGGUUGGUUGGUGCGGAAAUGGCGUUAUAUGGAUGAAAAAUACAAAUGAAAUUGCUGUUAAAGUACUGAGAGUAUUGAUGAAUGUUUUGAAUUUGACGGGUGGGUGAUGGGAUGUAGGUGAGUUGGUUGGGAGGGUUGGUGAGUCCU